GUCUGUGGUUCUAGAUCUUCUAGAUCUCACCUGGCUAUGUGUUGCAACAGACAGCCUCCUACCUAAGGCUGCUGAAACACUGAGGCAUCAGACACAGGACCAGCUGGAUGACAACAUAGCAAACCUCAUGAGACAAGACCCAAGUCAGAGCUACAGUCACAAAGAAUUAGCAAAGAUCACCGGCUCCUUAAGCCACACACUCAUCGCCACCCUCAAGCUGAGCGACAGGCACGCCGCCCAUCUCCAGCAGGAGCUAACACGCGCACAACGACGCAUCAAGCAGCUAGAACUGGAGGCUCAGGAACGAAGGGAAGGGUCUGAUGAAGUGGAACAAGGCGCUGAGGAGGAGAUCAGUAGGCUAAAAGAGACCCUAGCAGCUACUACCCAAGAAAUGGAACAAGGCAAGGCUGACUACGCUGAUCUCUCCAACAAGCUACAAUAUCAAGAACAGCUCCUGGAAAAGGCAAAGGCCGAAUUCAGAGACAAGAACGGCCGAAUUAAAGCCCUUGAAACUCACCUGGAUGAGUCAAGAAAUGAGAUCAGCCGCCUAACACAACAGUUGGACUACAUCAAAGAGAAGUCCGACAGCAUCAGAGAGGAACUCAGACAUGCCUACGAGCUGCGCCCUGAGCCUACAAGCACCCGACGGGCACCAGUCUCACCCCUGCCUAGCAGGACCGGGUCACCUGUUCCUCGACUGACACAUGAGCAAAAGGGGGAGGGGGCAGUGCUGAAACAUUCACCGACUCCCUCUGAAGAACCUUACCUCACGACAAAGCUAAAAGAACUUGCUCCAGCCAGCCACAGAUCAUCGCAUGGCUUGGACCUCAAAGACCUCGACAAGCUCGCCAGAAACAUUGGCAAAUUCACCCCAAGUGUGCCAGGUAGCCAGGAUGUCCAAGCUUAUCUGCAAGACGUCGAUUUCCAUCUGGAAAUGAGGCUCAAUGUCACGGACAAAGAUAGACUCUAUUUGCUCCGAACAACAGCCAGCCCUGACGUACGCAGUUUCCUGGACAGGCAGCCUGCUCACACAAAGGCUGACUACCACCUCCUCCGAGAGGCCCUCAUUAAAGAAUUCGCCGACCCUGAGUCAGAACAAGGACUAGUGGCUGCCCUGGAGACGAGACAAGGACGUCAUGAAUCUCCUCAAGCCUACUACAGCCGACUCAGACGAGCAUACUUCGGAACUCGCAACGAACCGAACAUGGAAGAUGAUCUAAACUUCAAAACUCUCUUCCUGAGAAACCUCCAUCCUGGAGUAAGCCACCAUCUGGGCGUUCUCGCAUGUCCGCGAACAAUGAAUGCUCAACAGUUGCGUGACUUGGCACAGAAAGCCUACGGCAAACAGAAGAUGGCCUCAGAAAAGGGCGCCAAAACCCCAACAGUUCUUGACUUCAACACUCAAAGUCAAGGUCUGGCUCUAGAGGGCGCCCAACAUCAAGACCAUGCCAAGCCGCCUUUCCCCACAGAGACUACAAAUUAG